ACCAAAGAAACCCCCUCCAUCAUCAGCCCCACAACAAUCUUCUCCCUCAGCGCGACCCUCGCCAUCCUCCUAGCAGCCUACAGCGCCUCUCUCACCUUCCUCCCACGGCCCACAACGCCCACCAAAAUCCGUCUACUCUUCAUCUGGCACGCCUUCGACGCCCUAAUCCAUUUCAUUCUCGAAGGCUCCUAUCUCUACAACUGCGUCUUCAGCUCCAUCAGCACCAGCUCCGCCAGCGCCCUCGGACACGCCUCAACAAGCAAAUUUCUCCCUCCAGGAAUCUAUUUCCUCAACGACCCCAGCCGAAUCUAUGGUUCAGAAUUCGGCACGAAUCCCUUCGCUGCUUUAUGGCGCGAAUACGCACGCGCAGACCAUCGGUGGGAAGGUAGUGAUGUAACCAUCAUAAGUUUAGAACUUUUGACUGUCUUCCUCGCGGGACCCAUUGCAGUUUUUAUCUGUGAGAAAUUACGCAAAAAUUCUGCAGAUGUGUGGUUUUGGAUGACGGUGUUGGCGACGGGGGAAUUGUAUGGAGGAUGGAUGACGUUUGCGCCGGAAUGGUUGACGGGGUCGAGGAAUUUGGUGACGGACAAUUUUAUGUACAAGUGGGUGUAUUUGGUGUUUUUUAAUGCGGCGUUGUGGGUUGUGAUUCCUUUGUGGGUUUUGUGGGAGGCGUAUGGACGCAUGGUGGAGGGGUUGUUGUUGGUGCAGAAGAUGGAGGGGAGUGGCAGCAGCGGUAAGAAG